UCGCCGCCGCUGGAAGCUCAGUUGACCAGCGUCGCAACUGGGCGAUGCGCCUCCUGGAGAGCCUCUCUACCUUUUUGCAGCGGAUUUGACAUUCACAUCGCAGCUUACAUCCUGACAUCUGAAUGACAUUUAGUUUACCCCCCCUCCCCCCACCCCAAACACUUCCUCGGCGAUUUCUUUAGCUCACGUCACUCUAAAUUUGAGAGAAAACUAGUCACAGGACAAGGUUUAAGGUUGCAUAUCUGAAAACUGAGCACUCGCCACAUCUUUUUCCUCCUGAACGAUCCCCUUGUGGGUGGAUUUGCUUUCAAAAUACCGAUUUCCAGCCAGAGACAACUGAUAACUUAAUCGAAGAUGGUACGGGAAACGCCGGACAAACUCGCUUGAUUUUGGUCAUUUGUGUCCUCAGUUUGUGUCUUUUGGAGGCUCGAAAGCAUCUUCAGACAGACUACCAGUAGCAGAGGAGGCUGUUUCGCUGUCUACGGGCUGUUGUAAGGUGGGCAGGAGCAACCAGCAACCAUGCUGUCAUUGGACGAGCCGCUGGACUUGAAGCUUCCCUCAGGACGGACAGACUGUCCAGUGAGAUUAGGAAAGAGGGCGUAUCCCUCCUCCAUCUGCGCCCCUCUCAGCGCCACACGACCACGUCUGCUAUGCACAACGUUUCCUUCUCCACCCUCCUCCCCAGAUUCCCAGUCUUCCUCUCAAGAACGACUCAGGUCCUGCUUCAGUCCUCCAGCCAUGGACCUCAGCCUGUCACCCUCCUCCCGCCAUGCCUCCUCCCUCUCCCCAUCUCCUUCCUCCCCCUCGUCCCUCUCCCCUUCCUCACCCCUGGAGUCCCCUCACAGCAGCCGCAGCCCUCAGCCACAUCUCUUCUCACGGGAACCAGUUCGUCACCGAGGUGUGGAGGGCGGAGGUUCACCACAGGGUUAUCCGUUUUAUCUGCCGAUUGGAAGCCCACCGAGGCCGUACAGCUUUCCCUCCUCCAUAUUCAUUGGUCAGAACAGAGAGAAGCAACUUUCACCAGAGCCCUCGUUGGAUGGUCAGCUGGCCUGCCGUUGGAUGAAGUGCCACCUGCUGUUCGACUCGCUGCAGGACUUGGUGGAUCACAUCAACGACUUCCACGUCAAGCCUGAAAAGGAUUCUGGGUACUGCUGUCAGUGGGAGGGCUGUGCUCGUAAUGGGAGAGGGUUCAAUGCAAGGUAUAAAAUGCUGAUUCAUAUCCGCACACACACCAAUGAGAAGCCACACCAUUGCCCCACCUGUAACAAGAGCUUCUCCCGUCUGGAGAACCUGAAGAUACACACCCGUUCACACACAGGAGAAAAACCCUACAUCUGCCCUUAUGAAGGCUGCAGCAAACGUUACUCCAACUCUAGCGACCGUUUCAAACACACCCGCACCCACUACGUUGACAAGCCUUACUACUGCAAGAUGGCAGGCUGCCUGAAACGCUACACAGAUCCCAGCUCGCUACGCAAGCACAUCAAGGCCCAUGGGCACUUUGUUGCCCAGGAACAAGGUGCUCAGAGCAGGCUGGGGCUUGGUCAUCCAGGGCACCAGAGUGCCGCUGAACUGCCUUCUCUAGGCGGGGCCCACAUCAUCAUCCCCGGGGCUGCUGCAGCACUUCUUGGAGGUCUGGGGACCUCUUUGCCUCUCUCUGCUUUCUGCCAUGCCAGAGCCCUGGGCCACCACGGGGCACCGCUCUUCUCUGUUGGUGGAGGAGGAGGCAGUGGCAUGGGGCCGCUCGGCCUCUCAGACUCUCCUCUGUUACACUUUGGGCUUUCAGCUGUAUCCAUGUUGGGGCUGGGAGCACUGAGAGGUCUGGGACAAAUGGCAGAGAAAGAGACGGAACCUGAAGAGGAAGAGGAGGAAGGAGAGGUGGGGCAAGUGCUGAACCUGUCUGCAGGGGUGGGGCCAAGACAAAGCGACCCUUUGUCCUGGGUGGUUGUCCCCCCGAGGGCACUCCUUCUUAAACCAGCAGUCGUCAGCUAGGAUGUGCACACUGCAAUGCACAGAACCAGGGAGGGUGUGUUGGUCUUUUUCUGUAUCAAUGUUUAUAUGCUUGUAUGUCCGGGUGUGUGUAUUCAGACAUACAUGCAUGAUUAUGAUGAGUGUGUGUGUGUGUGUCUGUGUGUGUGUGUGUGUGUGUGUGUGUGCAUGUGAGGGAUCAAAGGUCGCUGUCACCUGCAGAGCCAUAUAAAACACUUCAGUCAUUCCAACCCUGAAACAACUGAAAACGGACUGAAAGACUGAAAAGUACAGAAGUGUUUGUGUUGAGUGUACAAAACCUAAACGACUUUUGGGUGUUGGGUUGCAAAAAGUUUUAUCACCAUGCGUAUUUCAACUCUCAAACUUUAAGGGGUCAAUUCACCCAAAUUACAAAGAAAAGAAAUACUCCUUCCUAGCUGAUUUUAGAUAUCCUUCUUGGACUUACUUAAUGCUGAAAACAGCAUUAAAACGGACAUUUGAUUUAACAGUGAAAUUCAACUUGUCUUUCCACAACAGUCCCUGUUGUUUGAGAUAAUCCACAGGCAUCACUUUGAACCAUUUCUUUAUUUGAACUACUUUGCAAUAAGAUUUUUAAAUGUGAGAUUUAAUUUAAGAUUAUUGUCACUGUGAGAAUGUUUGCAAGCUGACAUUAAUUUGUUGCUCAAAGCCAGGGCUGGUAGCGUGGUUGUAGUAGAGCCCUGUUGCAAUGUUAUGAAUCUUACAAAUCAAAUUCUGUAUAUAUGAAAGUGGAGAUGUCUUAGAGGUUGAUAUCUCAAACCUUUGGGACACAAAACCACAUCUAUCUGCACGGACUGACAUGUGAUUUCGGUGAAAUGACCCUUUAAUAUUCCUCGACUCACCUAUCUCCUCCCAUUCAACAUUUUACAGCUGACAAUCAGCUGAAUCAGAUUUACUAAACCAGGCCAUGAAAAGAGCUGGUACACUAACCACUUUGUAGUUUUUAUCUCUGACAAUCUCCACUGACUGCUUCCACACACCCGUUUUUUUGCUCAUAAAUAAAUAUGGGGACAAGCAUGACUAUGGGGAGCAAUGAGAAAUACAGUCCAUAAGCAAUAAUAUAAUGUACCAUUAAAUAAUAUGUAUAAGCAUUGUAGACUUAAUUAAGAUCUACUUUUGUUACAUACAUCUAUAGUUUGUGCAAUUAAGGGGUUACAUUUCAAAACAUGAUAUCAAUCAUUCAGUCAAUCACCAACUCCAAUAAAAAGUCAUGUAAAAAAAAAAAAUGCAGCUGUUUACAAAAUAUUUAUGUUCUCGAGCAAAUAAUUAUGUUUUUGAAACAGAUUUUACACAGUUGUCUGGUCACAAAAUGGAUUUAAAGCGAUUUAGAAUCAAACCCUUCGAUGUCUGACUCACUCACUUGUUAUUUAAAGAAGGUUUCUGUGGAUUUAAUCUGGUACAUUAAUUGUUGUGUAAAACAAGUGCACCUGACGUUACUCCUUAAUUGCUUCAUUAUCCAGCCCACAGCAUUCGAAAUAAUUAGCCCCCUCGGGGGAAAUAAUUCAACCCUCCCAAGCCUUAAUGCCACGCAUCAAAUUUAUGGUGUAGUUAUCUCACUGCGAUGUGUGUGACAACAGGUUAUAAUCCACACAGAGCUAUCUGUUUGACCAUGUGAUUUUUAAAGUCACAAGAAGAAACAAAAAAACAGUGUUGACGCGACUGAAUGUAGGUUUGAGAUUAACUCCCUUAUUUGUAUUUUAUCUCUUUGCUCUAUCAAUCAUUCCAAGACAAUGAUCUAGACAGGAUCAGCCCUGCUUUUUAGAAAAGACUUUGCAUUGACGAGAACAACAGGAACAGGAACAAGGUAGACAAAGGUGUGUAUUAGGCAAUAAUGCGUACACAUUUGCUUCAGAUGAAUGUUAAAACAUAAAAAGGUACACAAGAAUAAGCCAAACAAUGGUUUAAAAAACUGUCUCUCCAGUACUUUUGAAGGGUGAAUGUCUGACAAUGGCCACAUGUGGCCAGUAUCUGUGUUGAUUUAUCUUGUAUUCUUGUUUGCACAUUGAUUUAUCCUAAUCAGUAUUUCAAAGGUGUCCAAGUGCCUUGUGUUUCAACCGAAAUAUAUCACACAGUAUAUGAAAAAUAUUUAGACAAGUGUAUAAAUGUACUUUUCAUUACAUUUUAGAAAACUGAAAUUUAAUAACUUGACAACAGAUGUGAUUUGUACAUCAGGGCCACUGCAACCCUUUCCAAGGACGUCACCAGUGUUGAUGACUAUGACAAUGACUCAAUGUCAAUAAACACAAACAACUGAAAAUAAAA